AUGUCGUCCUUGAUUUCUACCGGCGAGCUGGCCGACGCGGCGUCCCUUCAAGGCACGCCGCUGCCUCUCACCAAACAGAAGACGGUGCGCUGCUACAAGGAGAACAUCAAGAAGGACGACGGCAAGAACUUCGAGAUCGAGAAAAUACGCAAGGAUGAGGACGUGAUCGAGACCCUGCAGCAGCGGCACAGCCGUGACACCAACUGCGUGGUGGUGACGUCGGUGUCGGACACCGACACGCUGCCCGACGCGAAGCUGAAGGAGUACUCGGGCGGCAGCGUGGACACGGGCCCCGACAUCGACCUGACGCACCUGUCGCACGACAUGGGCUCGCAGUACGGGGGCGGCGGCAGCGCCGACAUCUCCUUGGGCCAGGACUACGUGCCCCCGCGCCUCGACACGGGCUUCGGCGACCUCCACGACACGCCGCACCUCGACAUCCCCAGCGUGCCCAGCGUGCCGCGCGUACUUCGCAGCAUGCACGAACCGCCAAGCUGA